AUGAUACAAAUUUCUACACUUCCUUACCCAAUGAAAGAAUGGAUUUUCCCACCUCCCGCAGCAUUUUCAUCAUUUAAACCUUUGAACACUACUAUAUUGGGUUACCGUUUUGAAUCCGUUCAUAAUGCCCCUGUGAUUGUUUCAUUCAAUUCUUCCACCAAAGUCGAUGAAUUAGUACUAGAAACCGAGGAGGCAGAAAAAGAUGUUAGGAGGAGAAUGCAAAGAACCGAUAAAAAAUCAACAAGUAAAGUUUCUCCACCACUUUCACUUCCACCUGUCAAAAACAUGUCUAAUCACUUGCUGAGAUACCUAUCAUCUUUGACACCAGAUGAGGCCCUUGCAUUUGCUAAAAGAGCGACUGAAAAUGCCCCACCGGUUGGUGAUGAUCCAGAACUGUAUGCCCCCUUAUUCCAGAAUGUUUCUACUUUCAAAAGGAGCUACGGGUUGAUGGAAAGGAUACUAAAAGUUUACAUUUACCAAGAAGGAAAAAGACCCAUUUUCCACCAGCCUUAUCUCAGAGGAAUUUACUCAUCUGAAGGAUGGUUUAUGAAGUUGAUGGAAGAAAACAGGAAAUUUGUAACAAAGGACCCAGAAAAGGCUCACUUGUUCUAUCUUCCAUAUAGUGCACGCCAGUUACAGAAGGCUCUCUACGUCCCUGACUCACAUGAUCUAAAACCAUUGUCAAUCAUUCUUAAAGACUAUGUGAAUAUGCUUGCCGCAAAGUAUCCUUUCUGGAACCGCACUCACGGAUCAAAUCAUUUUCUCGUAUCUUGUCAUGAUUGGGGACCAUAUAUUUUGAAGGAGCACGAGGAGCUUCAAAGAAACACUAUAAAAGCUCUCUGCAAUGCAGAUGUCUCAGAAGGAGUCUUUAUUGCUGGAAAGGAUGUUUCCUUGCCAGAAACUACUAUAAGAAAUCCCAGAAAGCCUCUUAGAAAUCUUGGUGGAAAAAGAGUGUCACAGCGCCCAAUUCUUGCCUUUUAUGCAGGACACAUGCAUGGCAGGGUUCGUCCCGUACUUCUCAAGUACUGGAAAGACAAAGACGAAGACAUGAGGAUCCAUGGACCUUUAUCCAAUAGAAUAACAAGAGUAAUGUCUUAUCCUGAACACAUGAAAUCAAGCAAAUAUUGCAUUUGCCCAAUGGGCUACGAAGUCAAUAGCCCAAGGAUUGUUGAGGCCAUCUAUUACGAGUGUGUCCCAGUUAUUAUUGCUGAUCAUUUUGUCCCUCCGUUUAACGAAGUGCUUAAUUGGAGUGCAUUUUCUGUCAUUGUUGCCGAAAAGGAUAUCGCAAAGCUUAAGGAGAUACUCUUAUCCAUUCCUUUGAAGAAAUAUCGUUCCAUGCAAACCAAUGUGAAAAUGUUGCAGAAGCAUUUCCACUGGAAUGCAAGACCUGUUAGAUAUGAUCUGUUCCACAUGAUUCUACAUUCCAUUUGGUCCAGUAGGCUUAACCAGAUUCAGGCUAAUAUUGGUACAACAUUCAAAGAGCAUAUUGACUUGUGGCUAGAUCGCACGGAUUUGGGUCCCAAUUCACUCCUGAUGGUCAACAUUCCUUAUUUUCCUUCCCAAAUCCUGCAUCUAUACAGCUUUCUUUAUUUCUGCAAUCACUUGAAGAAUUUCAGCAGUAUUAAUUAUACUGAUCAGUAA